AUGAAGUUCGCCACCUUCCUCGGAUCCAUGCUCGUGCUGCUUGCCAACCCCACCAACCUCGUCACCGCCGAGUGCUCUGACGUUCACGUCGUGUUUGCGCGCGGAAGCGGAGAGCUGCCUGGGUUGGGCACGGCUGGUCAGCCUCUUGUCAAGGGCCUCGAAUCCAACCUCGGCGGCAUGAGCGUCUCGUCCUACGCAGUCAACUAUCUCGCUGCGUACGACCAGACGAGCGCUGGUGCGGGCGCCACCGACAUGACCAACCACGUCGUGUCCGUGGCUCAGGAAUGCCCCAACACCGUGUUCGUGCUGGGCGGCUACUCUCAGGGUGCCAGUGUCACGGACAUCUCCAUCGGCAUCAAGACGAUGCUCGGCGCUGGUAAAACUAUCCCGGAGAAUUUGGCACCGCGCAUCAAGGCCGUCGUGACGUUCGGCAACCCGCUCAAGCUCUUCGGCCAGACGAUCGCGAGCUCAAGCUCCACGUAUGGACCCAAGGCCAUCGAGUUCUGCAACCAGGGCGACCCCGUGUGCGCCGCCGGCUUCAACAUGGCGGCUCACCUGAUGUACCCGACGGACGGCAGUGUGACCACCGCGGCCCAGAAUGCUGCUGCGUUGGUGAAGGGUGGCACCCGAUCGCUGCGUUCGUAA